AAUCGUUCAGAUGAACAGUUCCAGAUAUAUUAUUACGUCGUUUGCUGCCAAACUGAGCUUGAUAAGAAGGCCUUGAUCAUCAGUGAUGACUAUUAUCAAGUAAUAAUGGUUGUGUGCUCGUUUUUCCUCAAAGGACAGUGUCGUUAUGGUGACCGAUGCAAGUUUGAACAUCCAGGCCACAGGRCAAGUGGUGGUUUUGGUGGGGGCAGUGGAUUUGGUAGAUCAGGUCAGCAGACCACCAACAAAAACAUCUGUCAGUUCUUUCUAAAAGGAGAAUGUCGUUUUGGAGCAAAUUGUAAAUAUCUUCAUCCACAGAAUUCAGGAUCAGGUCAAAAUGUCUUUGGAGCUCAGUCAACCUUUGGAAGCCAGUCUGGCUUUGGGCAAAACCGAAUGUCUUCAGGAUUUGGUGGUGGAAAUAGAAACACAGGAUUUAAUAGGAAUCAAAAUCGCUUUGGUGCACUUUCCAAUGGGACUUCGUCGAGUGCAUCUACUGCACUGUUUGGUGGAGGACAGCAGCAGUCUACCACAGCAUCAAUUCUUAGUAAUCCAACACAAGUAACUCAGAUGCAGCAAGUUGUUCGUCGUGACAUGGAGACUUGGGAGACAAGUAACCAAUGGCCUUUGUCUUGUUAUACAUACUACAAAGAUGAACCUUGUAUAACAGGACUUCUGGAUUAUUCUCCAGAAGAAAUAAGGAAGGAAGCUUACGAAGCAAAAGUAAAGAAUACAGCAUCAGCUUAUGAGCAAGGAUUGAAGACUUUAAUAGAUAAAAGCAAGCAAAGAAGAUUGCAGCUCAARAAUAUAAACAUGCAUCAAAUGCAAGCAGAAAUCAAAGCAGCAAUGGAACAGUCUAUGAAUAAUUCAUCGCCCCUGAGUAUGCAAUCAAGCAGCCAAUCAGGUAGCAUCUUUGGCGGGUCAUCACAAAGCUUGUUUGGCCAAUCACAGAGCUUUGGUGGCAGUGCUAGUAUUGGAGGUGGAGCAUUUGGAGCUGCCCAGAAUCCUUUUGGAGCUGCAGCUAAUUCUAAUACGCAAAUGCAAUCCACUCAACCAAGCUCAAUGGUCUUCGUCAUCUUUAUCAUCCAAUACUUUAUUUGGGUCAUCUGCAAGUCAAAAUUUGUUUGGCUCGGCUAAUGCAGCAGCACCAAUGUCUAACAAAUCUCUUUUUGGGAGUGUGAAUACUGGGAUACUUGCAAGUCCCUUUGCAACAACUACUAGUACCAGCAAUCAACCAGGGACUGUUCAACAGACCACAUUUGGAAGUGCAAUAGUUCCAUCAGGACAGCCAUCAACCAGCGCAGCUACACCUGAGGUAGCACCAUCUACUACUUGCAAUCUGAAGUGUUCUGAGGAGGAUCUUGCAGCAUUCAGGGCUGAUCAUUUUGUGCUUGGUAAAAUCCCGGAAUGUCCACCGCCUCCUGAGCUUUGCUCGUAGAUCAAGAAAACAGGAACAAAGUUCCCUGUGUUUACUAAAGCAUUUCAAGACUAUGUGGAAGAGAUGUUUACUGUUUGACUAUAAAGAGAUGCAAAGUGGGCAAAAUCUUGUCCGAGGUCAAGACAAAUGAGGUUACUAAGGGAAUUCGAAUAUUUCUCAAGAUGAAUUUAUCGAAUUUUGAUAUAUGUCUAUCGAAUGGCUAUUGAACAAAAUCAAACAUAUUUGAGUUUAUUGAAUACAUAUCCACGACAUCGAAUAUCGGCAAGCAUAGAUUGAGAAAGGGGAUCGUGGCCACCGAAUUAACUCAAUAGUGAUGUACAGGACUGGCCUAUGGUAUCCCAUGUCGCUACACAGUCCCCAAGGGGACYUUGGAAUUGGGGAGACACUUGUAGACCAUAUGUUAGGCCACGGGACAGGGGACACUUAGGGAUGUMCGCCAAGACAGUCACCAUGGGGACUUGGGGAUGUUCAAGACAGUACUAGCAUAGAGGGUAGACCAGGUUGCAGGMGACAGGUAGGGGAUGUCCUAGAAAGCCUCCACUGGCAGUCUCCAUGGAACUCGUGGAUCGGACACUAUAGUAGACUGUAGUGUAGACGCCAGGAAAUAGUAAGGGAUUUCCAAGACAGUCCCUAAGGGGAUUUGGAAUAGAGGAUAGAAGGGAGACAUUGGACUGUUAGGGGUGUCAUAUAUUAUACUCCUUGACAUGUCUUAUUGGUGYUUCAAGGGAGAUGUUGGGAUUGUCCCAUGGGRCAGGGAUACRAUAGGCCAGUCCUAGACAUUUUGGUUGGUUGUGGUUGAUGCAAUUCSGACGACAUCCAUAUGGAAGUUGUUUGUUAAGCUUCAUCGUAAAAUGUCCACUUAAAUAUAAGUCCCCAAAAGCCCCCAAAAGCCAGAACUUUGAAUGUAUUUUCUCAUCUCUCGAGCAUAUAAAACAAUUAAAGUGUAAAACUUUCGACCAAGAAUUCGGACUAAGCUUCAAUCGAAAUGUUUUUCUAUUUUUUCUAGAGUUCGAUAUGUCGGACGCCCUUGUUUAAAGUUAUUACUCCAAGAACCGGGGACCUGCCCAGAAUCGAAACCUAUCUAACUUAACAUCUUAUAUAAUUGUGAAAAGAAUAGGAAUGUAAUUUCGCCUUUCAAAAUUGCCAGGAUAACUCAAAUCAGCCUACAGAAAACGUGCGAUUUUUAGUAAAAUUUUUCACCUUC